AUGAAUGUUAUGAACACUGUUCAAACCCUAAAUGGAACAAACUACAAAAAGUGGAAACAAGACCUUGAAAUCUAUCUGGGCUUAAUGGAUUUAGACAUGGCAAGAAGGGAGAACUCUCCUCUAGAAUCUGCUACAGAUGCUACAGCUAAUGUCAAGGCAAAGUAUGAAAAGUGGCAGAAAUCCAUGUCUGACACAAUGAGAGGUGGCAUUCCUGAGUCUGAGAGUGCCAAGGAAUUCUUGGCAUCUAUUGAUGAAAAAUUCAAGGAAUCAAAUACAGCAGAAACUGGGAAUCUCAUGAAUAAGCUUAUGUCCAAAAGGUGUAAUGGUAUAGGUUGUGUAAGGGAACAUAUAUUAGAACUGCUAAAUAUUGGUGCUAAAUUAAAUGCUCUCAAAGUCCCUAUGAGUGAUCCCUUUUUAGUUCAUGUGGAACUUAACUCAUUGCCAAAUGAGUAUUCACAAUUGAAAAGCAUAUACAAUGCAUAG